AUGGCAGGCAAACGGGGGGAGGUGUGGGUGACGGAGUACGACCCGCACACCGGCCGGAUCGCGCUCGAGCGGCGUUCCCCAUCGCACCGAUGGGGGCUCGUUUUCGACGGCGCCGGCCUCCUCGUCGGGAUCGAAAACGCCCUGCGAAACGGCAGCGAGGCCGGCGAGCGGCUUUACUACGCCCUGCAGCAGAGCAAAGGCGCCGCGGGGAUGGCGGUCCUGCAAGUCAACCGCCGCCGCAUCCGCACCGCGAACCUCACCGCGGCCGAGUUGGAGUCGAAGCGGCGGGAGAUUCUCGGGCGCCUGACGGACUGCCUCCGCGGCGACGGCCGGACGCUGCAGAUGGUGGUGGAGAAGAAGAAUCACGCGGAGCUCACCGCCGCGCGGGAGGUCUUCUUUGAAGCCAGCCAGCAGGGCGGGGAGCGCGGCGUCGGACAGCAGGUGUUGUUCAUCCUCGAACGAGCCGCACCGACGAUCCCGUGGGGUCUUAAACUCGCCGCGCUCCCAGACACGCCGCCACUUCUCACGAACUUCUCGGAUAAACUGCAGCUCUCGAAGAAGGCAAAAAAUUUCCUCUUCGACCACCGCGGGCGAUUGCGGGUGGUGAGCGUGAACUACCGGGAUACGCAUCGACAUUUUACGACGGAGCAGCUAAAGCAGUACAUGUCGGAAUCGCUUCUUCUCGCGCUGUGGUUGCAGGUGGCGGACCCACCAAGCGAAGGGAUCGAGGACGCGUCUUUCUUUGGCGAUGGGCAGUCUCCAAGAGAGGCCGCAGAGGACCCGGCGAGUUCCCUGGGGGCUGGAGAAGCCUAUAAGGCUCCGACGAAGGCGGUGGAUAAAGGGGCUGAUAAGAUUCGACUAGGCCAUGAGGAGACGACGGAGCGGUCGGCUGGCGAUGUUAUUGACCGCGAUACGAACCUUGUCGGAGACAAGAAAGGCCUGAGAGGCGCGGAUGCUCUCGACCCUGAGGUAGAUGAUUGGACCAUAGAAAAGGAUUUACUCUCCGAGCAGGAAGACGACACCCCGGAAGACGUGCAAAAUGGAUCCCCUGAGCUCGAUGCGGAACUUGCGGAAUACGAUGCUUUGGAAAAAGAGCUAGAGUCGUUCUCUGCCAUGGAGGAUUUGGAGGAGGCGAGGGAGGUUCCUGAUGAGGGCUUACCAGACGAAAGUGACUCUGCUGAGCUUCAGGGUGCGGAAACAGAAGAGACGAGCCCAGAAGCGGACGUUUCAGCCGCGAAAUCAAAUUCAAAGAAAGAUAAAGUGACAUCCAAAAAAGAUAAAAAGUCGAAGAAAACUCCCAAAAGUAAGAAAAAAUCAUCCACGAACGAGCGCAAAAAGAGCUCGAAGAGAGGGGAGGCAACGACUUUGGAGGAUGAGAAUGAUGCUAUCGAUGAAGAUGGAAUCAGCCGCGAGGAAAUAGAUGAAGCCAUAGAACCGUCAGGCGUGGGGAAUCCCAAGACCCUCAACGACCGCAACGCGGCAGCCGACACGCCGCUAAUCGAGCCGAAACCAACUUCCGCGGAAAUUGCCAUGCGGGUAGCCGAAGAAGCCCGCCACAACGCCAGUGAUUCCUCCAAGACAAGGAAGAGUAAAUCCUCCAAAGAUCCAGAGGCCUUGGAGCGGGAUGCAGCUCCUGGCGAGGAUGCACCUUUGGUGGAUUCGUUGAAAACCUCUGCGGAGGUGGCGAUGGAGGCUGCGGGAAGGGGGGGUGUAAACGGCGAGAUGCCGGCCGUUACCCCCUCCGCACCUUCCGACGCGGCGACGGCAGAGAAUGCCUCCGUUUCCAUCACACAGCUGCUGGCAACGCCCCCGCUGCGGUUUGACAACGAGGUGAUCGCGAACAAAUUCGACGGUAAGGUGCUGGAGCUCUCGCGGCCAUCCACUGAGGUGCCGUGGAAUAUCAAAAUGGCGUUCGUUGGCGACGAGGUUUUGCUGUCGAAGCUGCCGUCCGUCGGGAAUGGGCGGAAGGAUCAUCCCUAUCUCAGGUAUCUUGGCGCGAUGCCGGACGGCAACGUGCGGUGCUCGGUGGAAUCCAUGAAUGGGGUGGACCUACUGAUGGCUAGCAAGGUAGAAAAGGCGAAGCUAAUGGACGCAGUAAAGAAGAGCACAAAGUUGUCUAUGAUUCUGAAAGUAUUACGUUAA